UUUUAGGUUAAAUUCUGAAUGGAAUUCUCUGACUACGUCACAUUACUCACGUGUUUAAUAUCAAUAAGUGCCUACGGCUUCAUAAAAUCACGAAAAACUGAGAAUGAAGAACAAAGUGUGCACGCGACAAUGGUUGGAUCUAGGGUCUCCGUUUGGUCGGCAACGCUGUCAGUGUGCUCCGGUUUCAUUUCGUCCAUUUCGUUGCUCGGCUUCCCAGCAGAGAUUUAUUACCAAGGAGGUAUGAUGCUCUGGUUCGCACCAAUGUACGUUAUCUCGUUUCCAAUUGUUGCAUUCGUUUUUUUGCCGGUCCUCUAUCGCCUCAAGCUCACAACAAUAUACGAGUACUUUGAAAGACGAUUUGACUACAAAUGCAGAUUUGUGACGACAUCGUUGUUUUGUGUUCAGAUGAUUCUCUACAACUCAGUUGCACUGUAUGCUCCGUCGCUGGCCAUCGCCUCAAUUACCAACAUCCCGAUCACCGUAUCAAUCCUCAUCACCGCUGUACUCUCUGCUUUCUAUAUAAGUGUGGGAGGAGUAAAAGCCGGAAUUCACACUUCCGCAAUUCAAAUGUUAUUAAUAUUUCUCACAAUGACCUUCAUAAUUUCAAUUUCAUUACGAGAGAUGAGCAUCCAUGAUGUGUACACAAGUGUUGUGCAUGGAAAGCGGUUCAUUCUCAAUGACUUCCGUAUCAACCCAACCAUUCGUCACUCAGUAUGGUCAUUGCUUAUCGGAGGAACGGGAAAUAUUUUGGCAUUGUUCGCUGCCAACCAAUUGAGUAUCCAGAGAUAUAUGGCAAUGGACACACUCAAAUCUGCCCAGAAAGUGGUGCUAUUGAACAUCGUAUGCAAUACAAUUAUUCUUGUGUCGUACGUGUCCGUUGGAUUUUUGAUCUACGCGCAUUAUAAAGAUUGCCAUCCACAAAUUGGAAAUGCAAAUGAACUGUUGCCACGUUUCGUGAUGGAUGUCACUUCAAAAUAUCCUGGAUCCGUGGGACUAUUUGCUGCGGCGGUAUACAGUGCUGGAAUUAGCACGUUGUCAGCGUCGUUUACUGCAGUGUCUUCAAUAGUGAUAAACGAUGUUUGGAAAGUUUAUCGUGAGCGUAGAAAAAUGGCGCCGCUUAGAAAUGACCAAGUUCAAAAUGCAAUGAGAAUUUUGCCAAUUGUUCUUUCGUUCAUUUCAAUAUUUGUGGCGUUUCUGUGCAGCAUGCUGCAGAGCAUAAUAUUGCAGGUUUCGUUCAUAGUUUUUGGCGCCGGUGGUGGACCGGUUCUCGGAUCAUUUGUGGUUGGAUUAUUUGUUCCUCGCGUGAAAGAAAAAGCUGCACUGGUUGGAUUAAUUGGGUCAAUCAUUGUUUGUUUUUCCAUUUCAAUUGGAAGCGUGCUAGUGAAGGUCAAACCUGUUGCAUUGGAGCUUGGUCAGUGCUCAAAUCAAACUCUGACGUAUUUUGAUGAAUCGUUUAUUGGAGCAGUCACGUCGACCCCAUUGGUUUUCGGGUUGGAGCGCAUUUUUGCCAUUUCUUAUCAGUAUUACAGCAUCAUAGCGGUUGUUACAAACGUGGCGCUUUCAAUCGUCAUGCAGAAAUUGUUCGAACUCUGCUCAUUGACGGCCAAUCAUUUGCCUGUGUCGCAUGAAUUAGUCUCGCCACUUCUUACCUACUCGUCCUCGAAACGCGACCCGGAACUGGAGGCGCACCGCACGCAACGGGACACACUUGCCUAGGAACUACAGAGCACAUCAUAUUUGAUUUGUUUCCGUUUCUCAUUUCUCAUUUCUCUCGUUUUUUUUUUUCACUUUCCUUAUUUUUCCCUAGGACACGGGUGGAACCAGCUCAUUCCACAAACUUUCCGUGUAUUUUCUCUUUGUGCUCCUUUGCCCUUGUUCUCCUAAUUUAUUCAGCAAGAUAACAAUGAUGUACUCUUUGACCUUGUUCUUCAAUUUCAUUUCACAAAAAGCUAGCUUUUACAAGAA